CAGAAGCGGAAGUUACUACGGAAGUAGUUAUUUUCUGUAGUUCGACCAUAACAUCGUCGUUCUGUCCCAUUCAACCUGGUUCACCAUGAAUCCACUGACGAAGGUGAAGUUGAUCAAUGAGCUGAAUGAGCGAGAGGCCAAACUCGGGGUGAAUGAGUCUGUUUCCUGGCACAGCGAGUACAAAGAAAGCGCCUGGAUUUUUAUCGGAGGAUUUCCAUACGAACUGAGUGAAGGUGACAUCAUCUGCGUCUUCUCCCAGUAUGGAGAGAUCGUGAACAUUAACCUGGUGCGAGACAAGAAGACCGGGAAGUCCAAAGGUUUCUGCUUCAUCUGCUAUGAGGACCAGCGGAGCACCAUCCUGGCUGUGGACAACUUAAACGGCAUCAAGAUUAAAGGUCGGACCAUCCGCGUGGACCAUGUUAAAGACUACCGUCCUCCCAAAGACUCGGAGGACAUUGAUGAUGUCACCAAACAGCUGAGGGAGCAGGGCUGUGCUCCUAAACUCCUCCCGCCGCCACCGCCCUCCUCCUCCUCCUCAGAGGAAGAGGAAGAUGAGCAGUACGCCAUCCCUGUGAAGAAGCCCAAAAAAGACAAGAAAGAGAAGAAGAAAAAGAAGAAAGAGAAGAAGGAGAAAAAGAAAGCAGAAAAGGAGAGAGAAAAAGAGAUGGGGAAAUGCUCUUCCUCUUCUCCUUCUCCUCCUCCUGUUAGAGUCAAAGAGGAGAAGCAGGAUCCUGGAUAUAGCAAAUAUAACCAGAGGGGGGAGCCACCAGGAGGACAGGAGAAUGGACAGAGAGCGACGAGGGACAACGAGAGACUGAGAGGGGAGGAGGAGAGGAGGAGAGAGACAGAACGAGAGAGAGAGGAUGAGAGGAGGAGGAAUAGAGACAGAGAGGGUGAUAGGAGGAGAGAGACAGACAGAGAGUAUGAGAGAAAAAGAGAGACUGGGAGAGAGAGAGACAGUGAUAGAAGAAGAGAGAUGGACAGAGAUGACAACAGAAGAAGAGAGACAGAAAGGGAGAGGGACGGUGAUAGGAGGAGAGAAACAGAGCGAGAUGGUGAGAGAAGAAGGGAAACCGACCGCGACAGAGAAAGUGAUAGAAGAAGAGAAACAGACAGAGACAGAGAUCCAUCACGUAAGCACUGAGAAUCUAUCUGUUGGUUUCAUGAUGUAAAAACAUGUCAAAUGUAAAGUACAUAGUGAUAUCUUUUAUCAUUUUCCAAAUGUUUGAUGUUUUUCUGGAUUACAGAAGGUUUAAAGUAAUGCUGGCACUCUCUAGAGGCUGCAGUGUUUUACUACAUAACCUGCACAUUUAAGUGCUUAUCAAACAAGACUGUACAAUGGAUUUAAAAUGUGAAUUUAUUGCUUUAAAUGGUUGUAAUGCUUAAAUUCUUUGUAGUUAUUGUGACAAAGAAGUUAUUUUUGUUUACAUUCCCAAAGGUUGACAUUCAAUCAGUUGAAUAAAACAAGUUUAAGGAUACAGUUGUUUAACAAAUCUCUUAAAAAGAAAGAUAUUGUUGUUUGAUGGCUAAUUUUCCAUCCAGAAAAGUGCAUUUUUGUAUGUGUUUUUUGUAUGAGUUUUGGAAUAAAACACAGGUAUGUGUCAGUGUUUGCAACAUUA